GAUAUAGCGAAUUACUUUCGUUUUCGAUUUUGUUCCUGUUGCAACGUCUACGCAUCGGUGUCGCACUGACGAAGGUUUUUUAAUGUUCCUGGUGAGUUUAGUCGUAGCACGAUAAUACAUUUUAUAUAACUUUAAUAUUUUGAAUCUACAGACGCGACAUGGCCGCCAUGGAUAUACGACUCGAUUCGAGCAAACAGGUUGAUGACUUCUGCCAGAAGCUCAACAAAGAGGCAGAAGAACUGGUGAAAAAGUUCUUCCCUCAGAAGAUUGAAGAGCUGCAGCUGUUGUUAACGACCUUUUCCACCUGCGACAGCCUGGAGUCACUUAAGGCACCACUGGACAUCCCCAUUCCUGACCCGGCCAAGGAGGAAGCCAAACGCAAGAAGAAGGAGGAAAAGGAGGGAAAGAAGGACAAGGACAAGGACAGUGAGAAGGAGGAUGAAGAUGCAGGUCCUCCAUGUGGGCCCAUUUGCACCAAUGAGCGGGUGGAGAGUCUCCUGAAGGAGGUGAAGCCUCAGAUCCACACACUGAAGGAGAAGCUCAACACGGUGUCGAUGUGGGUGCAACUCCAGAUCCCCAAAAUUGAGGAUGGUAACAACUUUGGAGUCGCUGUGCAGGAGAAAGUGUUUGAGCUGCUGACCAGCACACGCACCAAGAUUGAGGGAUUCCAAACCCAAAUAUCAAAAUAUUACAGUGAGAGAGGUGAUGCUGUGGCCAAAGCCUCCAAACAACCUCACGUGGGAGACUACAGGCAGCUGGUACACGAGCUGGACCAAUAUCAGUACUGUGAGCUGCGCCUCGUGGUCCUGGACAUUUGUAACACCUACGCCGUGCUGUUUGACAUUAUUAACAAGAACUACGACAAGAUUAAGAAGCCCAGAGGAGAUGGGAAAGCGCUCAUCUACUGAUCCUGACAUCAGCACUCUCACAGGCCUUCACAGGAUACAGAAAGUCUAGUGUGACACUCUUAUCGAGUAACAAAAUAGCCACUCUGAUCCAUAAAAACUUCUGCCUUCUCCUGUUGUGCAUGCAUUUUGUUUCACCUUACAAAAUAAAGCAACAUGAUUCUGAUAA